AUGACCUGGUAUGGGAACUGUACAGUGGCGGAGCAGGAAUCUCUACAGCGGGUGGUAAAGACAGCCCAGCGCAUCAUUGGGGCUCCACUCUCUGCCCUCGAGAACAUCCAGAGCCAGCGCACUCUGCAGCGGGCUCAAAGCUCUUCAACAUGGUGUGAUGAUGGAGGUAUCUACCAGUUCCGAGUUCCAGAGUCCUUCAAACACGGUGCGGCGGUGGGACGGGUCCGCGCCACAGACCGCGACAUUGGGCCGAAUGCUGAGAUGUUCUUCACUAUCGUCAGCGGAGAUGGGAUGGACGUGUUCCAGAUCUCCACCGACAAACUGAGCCAAGAGGGCGUGGUCACCGUCAACAAGCCUCUGGACUUUGAGCGUAAGCAGUCCUACACGGUGGAGGUUCAGGUGCAGAACACGCAGGUGGACCCGCGCUUCACGUCCGCCGGCUCCCGCGACGUGGCCACGGUGCGCAUCAGCGUGGAGGAUGUAGACGAGCCCCCUCACUUCGAUAAGACCUGGUACCAGCUGGAGGUCAAGGAGGACGCGGGGGUGGGGGCCGCGGUGGGGGCCGUGAGCGCGGUGGACCCGGAUGGAGCUCGCAGCCCGGUCAAGUAUGCCAUUGACCGCCGCACAGACCUGGACCGGAUCUUCAACGUGCACCCAGGGAACGGCUCCAUCUUCCUCCUGCGCCCCAUCGACCGAGAGGACCGGGCCUGGCAUAACAUCUCUGUGAUCGCAUCAGAGCUCAGUGAGUAA